AUGGCGGACGGACGAGCUCCUGCAAAGUUCGGCGAGGUUAAGCGGAGUGUAGAGAGCACGAAAAAGAGAAAGAAGGGUCUUGGCGACUUCACAAGAUGGUCACUCCAAGGGAAGACAGCUCUCGUCACUGGGGGCACCCGUGGCAUUGGUGUGCCAUCGAUCUGUCGUGUGGUGGAGGAGCUGCUGGCGCUGGGAGCCGCCGUGCACACGUGCACGUUCAACGAGGCGGAGCUGAACGAGCGCCUCAAGGAUUGGCACGCAAGGGGCUGCCGUGUCACCGGAUCCGUCUGCGAUGUCUCCAUGAAAGAGCAGCGGGAGCACUUGGUCCGCGACGUCGCGUGCCAAUUCGGCGGCAAGCUCGACAUCCUUGUAGACAAUGCAGGGAUAUGCAUUAGGAAAUCAGCAAUGGAGCAUUCCGCGGAGGAGUAUUCAAUUGUUAUGGCCACUAAUCUUGAACCCGCAUAUCAUUUGUCCCUACUUUCACAUCCACUUCUGAAAGCCUCCGGGUCUGGCAGCAUUGUUUUCAUAUCUUCAAUUGCUGGAGUGGUAGCCUUAUUUAGUGGACCAAUUUAUGGAAUGACUAAAGCUGGCAUGAACCAAUUAGCAAAGAACUUGGCAUGCGAGUGGGCAAAAGACAACAUAAGGAUAAACUCUAUUGCGCCAGGGUACAUCUCGACUUCACUUACAGAAGGAGUUUUUUCAAACAAGGAAUUGAGGGACAAUAUCUUGAGCCGAGCUCCACUCAGGCGUGCAGGAGAACCAGAGGAAAUAUCUUCUAUCGUUGCUUUCCUUUGCAUGCCUGGUUCGACGUACACUGCCACACGUUCGGGCAGGGCCUGUUGCCCCGGUUCCCGAGCCGGAUGUGCUGCCGGGUUUGAACCACAAGCAGUGAUCCGUGAAUUUGAACUAGCGAGACACUGGGAUAUAGCCGUGAUCCUUUGCGUGGUUCUUGCUGUGUGA